AUGGAGCAUCCUAUUCUGGAUGCGGCGCCCAAUGUAAAUUAUAGCACUUCAUCUACUCCCUCAAUGACCUAUAUCACUCCCUCGACGGAUAUAGAAGAGGAUCCGUUUUGCCCUCGGAUUACCUUCUCACUUGUUUACAAGGGUCUCGAAUAUUCGACACCACUCUUGAGCAACCAUGCUAUUGAUUUGUCUCAACAUAGGGCUAUUUUUCUCUCCUCGUUAGAAGAACCCAGUGACAACUUAACCGAAGCUCCGACCGCAGUGGAGAGCCUUUUGAUUCGCUUUUUACAGUUUCUCUUGGAUCGCCAGGCCUCAACUACACUGAUUUUACCAUUGGUCGUGGCCUUUCGCAGAGACUUUUUGCUAUUGAAUGACAUCCAUUCAUUGAUAGCUUCAUUGCCAGAACCACUAGAGACACAACGAGCUCUACUUUGCACUUACUACACAACGAUUUUACGAUGUGGUCUGCAACCAGAUACACAUAUACGGCAGAGCGCCCUCUUCGAAGCCGCGGAAAAAGACCAUGUCAAGCUGAUGGCCAUCUUUGGAGGCCAAGGAGCGUCGAAUCCACGGUGCUUCCGGGACCUUCAAGAUUUGUACAACACAUAUGCUCCUUUGUUGGACGUCCUCAUCAGCACAGUCGACAACGUAUUAUAUGAACUUUGCGUCCUUCCUGAAACUCGAGACUUCUUCAGGGGUCGCCAGAUAUGCUUGCUAUCGUGGCUGAAAACACCGCAUACUGUCCCUGAUGAACAGUUUCUUGCAACCGCAGCAGUAAGCUUUGUGAUCCAUGGAGUUGUUGCUCUAGCACACUGGUGUGUUACCUGCAAUGUUCUUGGGAAGCACCCUGGGACUCUGCGUUCUCUUCUGGCUGGGACAAGCGGACAUUCCCAAGGCAUUAUCAUAGCUGCAGCUGUGUCCGCGUCCGAUUCCUGGAAAUCAUUCUACGAAAAUUCUGUGCUCUGUAUGAAAUUAUUGUUUUGGACGGGGUACGAGAGUCACAGGGCUGCUCCACGUCUGGCUCUCACCUCCGCCGCAGUUCACGACGCAGAAAGCCGUGGCGAGGGUCAGCCAAGUCACAUGCUGCACAUUUCUGGACUUCCAAAGAAACAUAUCAUCUCCCUUCUUGGCAAAUGCAACCAAGACAUCCAUCUCGAAAAGAAGGUCUAUCUGGCUCUUUCCAAUUCAAGAUCUAGCUUCACCAUUGCCGGCCCCGCAUCAUCGCUGGUUCGAUUUAAUCAGCUCGCCCAUGAAAUUGGCGUGGGCAGAAAGGUAGACCAGUCUCGCAUUCCGUUCGAUAAACGAAAGCCCGAAGUCGAGACGCAAUUCCUUCCCAUCAGUUCGCCUUUUCAUACUCCCUACCUCGAAACGACGGCGCAAAUAAUUAAAAGUCGGCUUUCUGAUCAAGCUUUGGAAUCGAAACAGCUGGCUAUCCCUGUCUAUGAUACUCGAGAUGGAUCCAACAUGGCAGCAGCUGCUGCCGGGGAAAAUAUCUUGCCAUCACUCAUAGAUGCUGUCACCAUCCAUCAUGUUGACUGGCCGUCAGUUUUGAAUUCCUCCCGCUAUACACAUGCAUUGGUCUUCGGCAAGGGUCUUAGCGAUAUGGUUGCCAUCAACACCGACGGCAAAGGCAUACAGAUUAUAUCCGCUACCGAGCUCACAACUACUAACGCGCGAUUUGGAUCUAAAUGCACUAUUUUCAGUCUCAAUUUGCCAGACUCAUUCAUAUCUCCUCAAAGCUGGGAAGAGCAAUUCCGGCCACGACUUUCACGGUCCGAAAACGGUUCUAUCCAGAUUCAAACCAAGAUGAGCAAAGUAUUGUGUGCCCCACCGCUAAUGGUAGCUGGCAUGACCCCAACAACAGUGCCUUGGGAUUUUGUCUCGGCAGUCAUGAAUGCAGGCUACCAUGCGGAGCUUGCCGCUGGAGGUUAUUUCAACGCGGAAAGCAUGUCUAAUGCUAUUGAGACGCUUUCGACUAGUGUCCAGCCCGGCAUGGGCAUUACCUGCAACCUAAUUUAUGCGAGUCCGCAGUCUAUGGCAUGGCAGAUCGCCAUGCUUCGUCGCCUUGCGCGUACUCAACAACCUGUUGACGGCCUCACAAUCGGAGCCGGCGUGCCCAGCCUCGACAUCGCAUCAGAAUACAUCACUUCUCUUGGAUUGAGGCACAUCUCAUUCAAGCCUGGAUCAGAGGACGCAAUAGAAAAAGUUCUCGAAAUAGCAAAAGCUCACCCAGAUUUCCCUAUCAUAAUUCAGUGGACUGGAGGUCGAGGCGGUGGACACCAUUCCUUCGAAGACUUCCACUCUCCUAUUUUGCGACUUUACGGAAAGAUCCGUCGCUAUCAAAAUGUCAUCCUCGUUGCAGGCAGUGGCUUUGGCGAUGGCAUUGGCUCUUAUCCUUAUCUAACAGGCUCAUGGUCGGUGGCAUAUGGCUAUCCACCCAUGCCGUUCGAUGGAAUCCUUGUUGGAAGCAGAGUGAUGGUGGCUAAAGAAGCCCAUACAUCGCAAACAGUCAAGGAAUUGAUCUGCAAUACUCCUGGAACUCAUGAAGCCAACUGGACAAAGUCCUACAGUGAACCUAUUGGGGGCGUUGUGACGGUACAGUCCGAAAUGGGGCAACCUAUCCAUAAGAUUGCGACGAGAGGCGUACUUUUCUGGAAAGAGAUGGAUGACAAAAUUUUCAGCCUCCCCCGAGAUAAACAACUGGCCACCAUCAAAGCUCGCAAAGACUACAUCAUACGUAAACUGAACGAGGACUUUGCGAAGCCGUGGUUUUGCCGCAAUUCCAAAGGGGACAAUGUUGACUUGUCGGAUAUGACCUACUUGGAAAUUCUCUCUCGCUUGAUCAGUUUGAUGUAUCUUCCCUCGCAGUGCCGAUGGAUUAACCCGUCAUAUGAAUUCCUCGUUCGCGAUGUCGCAGUACGCAUCUUGGAGCGUUUGGACGCGAAGUGCGAGAUUGAUAACUCAAGCAGACCAGACCAGCUUGAAAAGAUCUUCCUCCAGCAAUGUCCGAAGGCAAGUACAUCAAUCAUCCACCCCGAAGAUGUCUCAUGGUUCUUGGAGCGUUGCAAACGCCGCGGCCAGAAGCCGGUCAAUUUUGUCCCAGUGUUGGAUGAGAAUCUGGCUACGUGGAUGAAGAAGGACUCAUUGUGGCAGUCAGAAGAUAUCGAGGCUGUCAUUGAUCAGGAUCCUGGUCGAGUUUGUGUUUUACAAGGACCUGUUGCUGUCACAUUUUCGCAACAGCCCGACGAGCCCGUGGCUGAUAUCCUCAAUGGUAUCAAGGACUCCUGGAUUGCAAUGCUCACCGAUGAGUUCUAUAAAGGUCAAGAUGUACCACUCGAAGUCGCUACUUGGGAGUCAGUUGUUGAACCCAGCAGCGGAUCCAAUAUCAAAGUCAUCGAACAUGAUCACGGUAUGACGGUGCAAGCCAUUCAAGGUAGAACGCUUCCUACCCCGGAAGAAUCUCUUCAAUAUCUUGCCAGCAGAACGCACGGCUGGAUGCGCGCGGUACUACUUAGCGACUUUAUCCUACAAGACCGUGCUAAGCGAGCGAACUUUCUGCAAGGUUCUUUUGAACUUGAUGACAAGAAAACGGUGGAAAUUGACGAAGCCAAUGGUAGAAUGCUUGUAAAGACGGCUGUUGAUGGCGGGAAACAUCAAAGAACGUUGGUUGAGAUGUCCAGUGCAGAUGGCAUCUCCAUUGCCGCUCAAGUUCUACAUUACAGUCCUGACAGGCAGACCCCAACUGCACUUCAUUUGAAGUUCCAGUAUAAUCCACGAAAUUCCCUAUACCCACUUACCGAAGACAUGCAAGACCGUAACAUGCAGAUAAAAUCAUUUUACAGUCGGUUAUGGCUCGGGUCUGACAUACAAAGCAAUUCGUUUAGCGGAGUUCAUUCAACAUUUGGUGGUUAUCGCACGGUGCUGUCCUCGGAGAUUCUCAAUGGUUGGAUCGCGUCCGUCAGUUUGUCACACUCCAACGACCGUAUUCUUUCCUCAAACACAGAGUUUUUCCCGCUUAAUGCCACAAUCAUUCCGGCAUGGGAAGCCUUAGUGCAGCCUCUUAUGGUUCCAGAGAUUGACGGCGAUCUCUUGAGACUGGUGCAUUUAUCUAUUGAGUUCGAACUGUUUCCGAAAGCUACACCAUUACGCAUUGGAGAGACUGUGGAGGUUAGCUCCCAUAUCCAGUCCAUCGUAAUUGACGACAAAGGCAAAACUGUCGCCGUGCGAGCGGUUAUUUCACGAGACAACCAGCCUGUGGUGGCGAUCAUCUCCAAAUUCUUGAUUCAAGGCUCCUUCUCCAAUUUCAAGGACACUUUCCAGAAUAGCACGGAAGAGGGCAUGGUUCUAAAUGUUUCAUCAUCAAUAGAUGACAUGGUCCUCCGCACCAGACCAUGGUUUCAGUUAGACGAUGAGAAGACUAACCUAGUCAACGAAACUCUUUGCUUCAAGUUGAACUCAGUUUGUACCUGGAAAGCGCCGAAUGUGUUCGAAACCUUGCGCGUGACUGGUGAAGUUUUUAUCCAGGAUCGUCGUGACAGACUCCGAAAAAUCGGCUCCGUUGAUUUCGAAGCGACCAGCGCCUCUGGAAACCCUGUCAUUGAUUUCUUGGCGCGCAAAGGCAAGCCAGCAGUCGAGCGAAAUGAGCUUGAAAACCCUGGAUGGUCUGGACCUUCGACUAAAACAAUCAAAAUGCCAUGCGACAAUGAGCUCUAUGCGAAGGUCUCCAAGGACUAUAAUCCUAUUCAUGUCUCGCCAGUCUUCUCGACCAUCGCCAAUCUUCCAGGUACAAUCGUCCAUGGUAUGUACACGUCUGCUGUUACUAGCGCAGUGCUAGACCAAGUCGCCAAUGACUUCAAUCACGUGCGUACCCGUCGUUACACGGUGUCAUUUGUCGAUAUGGUGCUUCCGGGAGAAGAGGUCGAGCUCAGGUAUCGUCAUAUCGCAAUGCUUCAAGGGAAAUUAGUUCUCCAGAUCCAGGCCUUCAAGGCUGCUACAGGUGACAAGGUCUUGGAAGGAGAGGCAGAGCUAGAGCAGGUACCUACAGCGUAUAUAUUCACGGGUCAGGGAAGUCAAGCUCCGGGGAUGGGUAUGGAACUUUACAAGUCCAGUCCCGUGGCGAAGAAAAUAUGGGAUGAUAUUGAUCGAUACCUGUUGGAGAAUUACGGAUGGUCUAUUCUCAAGAUGGUCCAAGAGAAUCCGAAAAGCCACACCAUAUACUUCUCCGGAAAGAGAGGACGUGCUAUUCGUGAUCGCUAUCUCUCAAUGACGGUCUCUUCAAUUGGACCAGAUGGACAAGUCGUCACCACCCCGUUACUAGAGGGCCUCACUCCCAACGCGCGAUCAUUCACCUUUGAAGAUUCCAAGGGUCUUCUCUACGCCACGCAAUUUGCACAGCCAGCCAUUGCUGUCCUCGAAAAGGCUACCUUUGAGGAUAUGCGAGAAAAUGGCUUGAUUCAGGAAGGUGCCUUGUUUGCUGGUCAUUCUUUGGGUGAAUUCGGCGCUCUCGCCUGUCAAGUCGAGUUCCUUCCAUUCCAACAGCAGAUUGAUAUUGCAUUCUAUCGUGGAUUGACCAUGCACAACGCAGUCAAGCGGGAUAGCACAGGUGCGACCGAUUUCUCAAUGGUUGCUGUUAAUCCUGGUCGAGUGAACAAGCGAGCCUUUGAUGAGGCGGCCUUACGCCGACUCGUUGACAUAAUUGCUAAUGAGAGCGAAAGACUUCUGGAAAUCGUCAAUUUCAACGUUGAGGGUGAACAAUAUGUCUGUGCUGGCCAUAAUGCCAAUCUCUACGCCCUGGCCCAGAUUCUCAACCAAGUUUCACGCAUGCCAACCGAACAAAUAGCACUUUGGUCGCGUGAAAGUGUCGUAGUCGAAGGCGCCCAACAACAGGACAAACCCUAUAGCCCAUCCACCACCGCCGUAAACACCAUGAUCUACAACGCCAUUCAUUCUGCGCACAAGCUCCCGAAACCUAUCAUACUUUCACGUGGCCAAGCUACCAUCCCACUGCAGGGUAUUGACGUUCCCUUCCACUCCGCCCAACUCCGAUCCGGAGUCCCCGCCUGGCGCAAGUUCCUGCUCAGUCGUAUCCAUCCCGAAGAUAUCGAGCCGGAUGACUUCCUAGACCGAUUCGUGCCGAAUGUCAUGGGUCGGCCGUUCUCGUUGGACCGAGAAUAUGUCGCGGAGGCAAUGCAGGUGAUGGGAAGUGAGACACUGAAGACGAUGCUGAAUGAAGGUAUCGUUUAUUAA